AGACCAAGGGGGUAGAAGCGAUGGAAGGCGACGGGGUGCCGUGGGGCAGCGAGCCCAUCUCCGGUCCCGGCCCGGGAGGCGGUGGGAUGAUCCGCGAGCUGUGUCGGGGCUUCGGACGCUACCGCCGCUACCUGGGGCGGCUCAGACAGAACCUGCGUGAGACUCAGAAGUUUUUCCGCGACAUCAAAUGUUCCCACGACCACAGCUGUCCCUCUUCGCCCGUGGGCGGCGAGGGUUCCGAGCCUGGCCUUGCCAGCGAUGUCGCCGAAAUCGGGCAGCAGCCGGGCCAGCUAAGCUGCAUUUCAUUCCCACCUGAGGAAGAGAAGUGCCUCCAGCAGAUUGUGGACUGCCUGCCCUGCAUCCUGAUCCUCGGCCAGGACUGCAGUGUCAAGUGCCAGCUGUUGAACCUGCUCCUGGGGGUGCAGGUGCUUCCCACCAUCAAGCUGGCCAGUGAGGAAAGCUGUAAGCUUCGGCGCCUCCGCUUCACCUAUGGGACUCAGACGCGGGUCAGCCUGGCCCUCCCUGGCCAGUACGAGCUAGUGCACACUCUGGUUGCUCACCAGGGAAACUGGGAGACCAUCCCUGAGGAGGACCUGGAGGUCCAAGAGGACAGUGAGGAUGCGGCCCAUGUCUUAGCUGAGCUGGAGGUGACGAUGCACCAUGCUCUCCUGCAGGAAGUGGACAUUGUGGUGGCCCCGUGCCAAGGCCUCCGGCCCACAGUGGAUGUCCUGGGCGACUUGGUGACUGAUUUCUUGCCUGUGAUUGCCUACGCACUCCACAAGGAUGAACUCUCGGAGAGGGAUGAGCAAGAGCUUCAGGAAAUUCGCGAGUAUUUUUCCUUCCCCAUAUUCUUUUUCAAAGUGCCGAAGCUGGGCUCGGAGAUCAUUGACUCAUCCCCCAGAAGAACAGAUAGUGAAAGGUCCCCGCUGUACCGGCAGCUCGCCGACCUGGGCUACCUGAGCGGCAGUCACUGUAACUGUGGAGCCCCUGGACUGGACACGAAAGCGCAGAGCAUGCUCGUGGAGCAGAGCGAGAAGCUGAGGCACCUGAGCACAUUUUCUCACCAGGUGCUGCAGACUCGCCUGGUGGAGGCAGCAAAGGCCCUGAACCUGGUGCACUGCCGCUGUCUUGACAUCUUCAUCAACCAGGCCUUCGACAUGCAGCGGGACCUGCAGAUUACUCCCAAGCGCCUGGAGUAUACGCGCAAAAAGGAGAAUGAAUUGUAUGAAUCACUGAUGAACAUUGCCAACCGGAAGCAGGAGGAAAUGAAGGACAUGAUUGUUGAGACACUUAACACCAUGAAGGAGGAACUUCUAGAGGAUGCUGCUAACAUGGAGUUUAAAGACGUCAUUAUCCCUGACAAUGGGGAGCCAGUGGGUACUAGAGAGAUCAAAUGCUGCAUCCGGCAGAUCCAGGAGCUCAUCAUCUCCCGCCUUAAUCAGGCCGUGGCCAACAAGCUCAUCAGCUCUGUGGAUUACCUACGUGAGAGCUUUGUGGGGACCUUGGAACGGUGUCUGCAGAGCCUGGAGAAGUCUCAGGACGUCUCGGUUCACAUCACGAGUAAUUACCUUAAACAGAUCUUAAAUGCCGCCUAUCAUGUAGAAGUCACAUUUCACUCAGGGUCCUCAGUGACAAGGAUGCUAUGGGAGCAAAUCAAGCAGAUCAUCCAGCGCAUCACAUGGGUGAGCCCACCUGCCAUCUCCCUGGAGUGGAAGAGGAAGGUGGCCCAAGAAGCGAUCGAGAGCCUCAGUGCCUCUAAGUUGGCCAAGAGCAUUUGCAGCCAGUUCCGGACUCGGCUUAAUAGUUCUCAUGAGGCUUUUGCAGCCUCCCUACGGCAGCUAGAAGCGGGCCACUCAGGGCGACUGGAGAAAACAGAAGACCUGUGGCUGAAGGUUCGAAAAGAUCAUGCCCCACGUCUAGCCCGCCUUUCUCUGGAAAGUCGUUCUUUACAGGAUGUCUUGCUGCAUCGUAAACCUAAACUAGGACAGGAGCUAGGCCGGGGCCAGUAUGGCGUGGUGUACCUCUGUGACAACUGGGGCGGACAUUUCCCUUGUGCCCUCAAGUCAGUUGUCCCUCCAGACGAGAAACACUGGAAUGACCUGGCCUUAGAGUUUCACUACAUGAGGUCUCUGCCGAAACAUGAGCGCCUGGUGGACCUCCAUGGGUCGGUCAUCGACUACAGCUACGGUGGGGGCUCCAGCAUUGCCGUGCUGCUCAUUAUGGAGCGGCUCCACCGAGACCUCUACACAGGGCUCAAGGCUGGGCUGACCCUGGAGACACGUUUACAGAUAGCACUUGAUGUGGUCGAGGGAAUCCGCUUCCUACACAGUCAGGGACUCGUCCAUCGUGACAUCAAACUGAAGAAUGUGCUGCUUGACAAGCAGAACCACGCCAAGAUUACUGACCUGGGAUUCUGCAAGCCAGAGGCUAUGAUGUCAGGCAGCAUUGUGGGGACCCCAAUCCAUAUGGCCCCUGAACUCUUCACAGGAAAGUAUGAUAAUUCCGUGGAUGUCUACGCUUUUGGGAUUCUUUUCUGGUAUAUCUGCUCAGGCUCUGUCAAGCUCCCUGAGGCGUUUGAGAGGUGUGCCAGCAAAGACCACCUCUGGAACAAUGUGCGGAGAGGGGCCCGUCCAGAGCGUCUCCCGGUGUUUGACGAGGAGUGCUGGCAGUUGAUGGAAGCCUGUUGGGACGGUGACCCCUCCCAGAGGCCUCUUCUGGGCAUCGUCCAGCCCAUGCUCCAGAGCAUCAUGGACCGGUUGUGCAAGUCAGUUUCUGGGCAGCAAACCAGAGGACUGGAGGACUCCACCUGAAGGCAAAGGAGAGAAUUUUCUCUCUUCCUCUGUGUUUCUUCCCGUCCCCCCCAACUUUUUUGGCCAUGGGGA